GCAAAAUAGAAUUGUGAACAGUGUCGAUUCUGAUUCGGGGUCAAAUUAUUAAGAUGAACGACUCCAACUCUAGCCAGAAGACACACUGGGUGUACAAAUGUAACAUAUGCGACAAUAAGUUCUUCAAUCAUUUAAGUAGUUUUAUAUAUCACAAGCGGACUCAUACAGGCGAAAAACCAUUCUCGUGUGACAUUUGCGAUAAGUCAUUCAACAAGGGCGGCAAUCUAAAUAAACACCUGCUGACGCAUACAGACCAGAAACCGCACUGUUGUGACGUUUGUGACAAGUCAUUCAUUCGCAGUGAUGCUUUGAAAACCCACCAGCUUAAGCACAAGGGUGAAAAACUAUACCCCUGUGACGUCUGUGAGAAGUCAUUCUUUCGACGUUCUAAUUUGAAAGAGCACCAGUUGAUUCACUCAAACAAGAAACCGUACUCGUGUGACGUCUGUGAAAAAUCAUUCAUUCGAAGUGUUACUUUUAAAGACCACCAGCGCACGCACACGGGUGAGAGACCAUACGCAUGUGACGUAUGUGAUAAUGUAUACGCCGGUCGUAGCCAGCUAGCGACACACCGACGGGUGCACACAGGUGAAAAACUAUUCCCGUGUGAUGUGUGUGAUAAGUCGUUCUUUACAGGUUACAUUUUAAAGGUACACCGGUAUACUCACACGGGCGAGAAACCGUACUCAUGUGAUUUAUGUGACAUGCCAUUUAAUCGAAAGAAUAAUUUAAAAGCCCACCAGAAGACGCACACGGACGAGAGAUGGUACUUGUGUGAGGUGUGCGGAAAAUUGUACAAGUUUAUGUGUGGUUUAAGAGCCCACCAGAAGAAGACGCAUACUGAUAUGUGAUUUAAGAGCUGAAUAAGUUGAUGUUAUGUACAGUUAUCGCUUGUUUAGCCUUUCAUAAAAAUUAAAAUUAUUGAAUAAUAAAAUUGUAAAUAUCUAUAGUAUACAUUGCGUGUGUAUUUCGCUUAUCA